ACGUGCGCAGGGGGUGGGGAAAUUCGGGGUCAAAGAGCAAACCCGGCACAAGAUGGCGGCGGUAGCGGCAGUGGCGGCGCGUAGGAGGCGGUCUUGGGCAAGUUUGGCACUUGCAUGUUUAGGAGUCUGCCUGGGGAUUACCUUUGCUGUGGAUAGAAGCAACUUUAAGACUUGUGAAGAGAGUUCCUUCUGCAAGCGGCAACGAAGUAUACGGCCAGGCCUCUCUCCUUACCGUGCCUUGCUAGAAACUCUGCAGCUUGGUCCUGAUGACCUUACAGUCCAUCUGAUCAACGAGGUCACUAAGGUAUUGCUGGUGCUGGAGCUCCAAGGGCUUCAAAAGAACAUGACUCGGAUCAGGAUUGAUGAGCUGGAGCCCCGUCGGCUCCGUUACCGUGUUCCAGAUGUUUUGGUGGCUGAUCCUCCCACGGCCCGGCUUUCUGUAUCUGGCCGUGAUGACAAUAGUGUGGAGCUGACAGUGGCUGAGGGACCCUACAAAAUCAUCUUAACAGCACGGCCGUUCCGCCUUGACCUGCUAGAGGACCGUAGCCUUCUGCUCAGUGUCAAUGCCCGAGGACUCAUGGAGUUUGAGCACCAGAGGGCCCGCAGGGUCCCUUUCUCGGAUAAAGUUAGUCUCACGCUCGGUAGCAUAUGGGAUAAGAUCAAGAACCUUUUCUCUAGGCAAGGAUCAAAAGACCCCGCUGAGGGCGAUGGGGCCCAGCCCAAGGAAACGCCUGGGGAUGGUGACGAGGCAAAGGAUACUCAAGGGAAGGCAGAGAAAGAUGAGCCAGGAGCCUGGGAGGAGACAUUCAAAACUCAUUCUGACAGCAAGCCAUAUGGCCCCACUUCUGUGGGCUUGGACUUCUCUCUGCCAGGCAUGGAGCAUGUGUAUGGAAUCCCUGAGCAUGCAGACAACUUGAGGCUGAAGGUCACUGAGGGUGGGGAACCGUAUCGCCUGUACAACUUGGAUGUGUUCCAGUAUGAACUGGAUAACCCAAUGGCCCUGUAUGGGUCUGUACCUGUGCUCCUUGCGCACAACCCUCAUCGAGAUUUGGGCAUCUUCUGGCUAAAUGCUGCUGAGACCUGGGUUGAUAUAUCCUCUAACACUGCAGGGAAGACCCUGUUUGGGAAGAUGCUAGACUAUCUGCAGGGCUCUGGGGAGACCCCACAGACAGAUGUUCGCUGGAUGUCAGAGAGUGGCAUCAUUGAUGUCUUCCUGCUACUUGGACCCUCGGUCUUUGACAUUUUUCGGCAGUAUGCUAGUCUCACAGGAACCCAGGCAUUGCCCCCGCUCUUCUCCCUCGGCUACCAUCAGAGCCGCUGGAACUACCGGGAUGAGGCUGAUGUGCUAGAAGUGGAUCAGGGUUUUGAUGAUCACAACCUGCCCUGUGAUGUCAUCUGGCUGGAUAUUGAACAUGCUGAUGGCAAGCGAUACUUCACCUGGGACCCCAGCCGCUUCCCUCAGCCCCUCACCAUGCUUGAGCACUUGGCCUCCAAGAGGCGGAAGCUGGUAGCCAUUGUGGACCCCCACAUCAAGGUAGACUCUGGAUACCGAGUUCACGAAGAGCUGCGGAACCAGGGGCUGUACGUUAAAACUCAGGAUGGCUCUGACUAUGAGGGCUGGUGCUGGCCAGGCUCAGCUGGUUACCCUGACUUUACUAAUCCUGUGAUGAGAGCCUGGUGGGCUAACAUGUUUAGCUUUGACAAUUAUGAGGGCUCAGCUCCCAACCUCUAUGUCUGGAAUGACAUGAAUGAACCAUCUGUGUUCAAUGGUCCUGAGGUUACCAUGCUCAAGGAUGCCCAGCAUUAUGGGGGCUGGGAGCACCGGGACGUCCAUAACAUCUAUGGCUUCUAUGUGCACAUGGCAACUGCUGAUGGGUUAAUACAGCGCUCCGGUGGCAUAGAACGUCCCUUCGUCCUGAGCAGGGCUUUCUUCGCUGGCUCCCAGCGCUUUGGAGCUGUGUGGACAGGGGACAACACUGCAGAGUGGGGUCACUUGAAGAUCACUAUCCCUAUGUGUCUCAGCCUAGGGCUGGUGGGACUUUCCUUCUGUGGUGCUGAUGUGGGGGGAUUCUUCAAGAAUCCAGAACCAGAGCUGCUUGUACGCUGGUACCAGAUGGGUGCCUAUCAGCCAUUCUUCCGGGCUCAUGCCCACUUGGACACUGGGCGGCGAGAGCCAUGGCUGUUGCCAUCUCAGUACCAAGAGAUAAUCCGAGAUGCCUUAGGCCAGCGAUAUUCUUUGCUGCCCUUCUGGUACACCCUCUUCUAUCAGGCCCAUCGUGAAGGGUUUCCUGUCAUGAGGCCCCUGUGGGUGCAGUAUCCUCAAGAUGUGACCACCUUCAGCAUAGAUGAUCAGUUUCUGCUUGGGGAUGCCUUACUGGUUCACCCCGUGUCAGAUGCUGGGGCCCAUGGUGUGCAGGUCUACCUACCUGGCCAAGGGGAGGUGUGGUAUGACACUCAUGGCUACCAGAAGCAUCAUGGUCCCCAGACUCUCUACCUGCCUGUAACUCUAAGCAGUAUCCCUGUGUUCCAACGUGGAGGGACAAUUGUGCCUCGAUGGAUGCGUGUGCGGCGUUCUUCAGACUGUAUGAAAGAUGACCCCAUCACUCUCUUUGUCGCACUCAGCCUCCAGGGUACGGCCCAAGGACAGCUCUUUCUUGAUGAUGGGCACACAUUUAACUAUCAGAAUCGCCAUGAGUUCCUGCUGCGUCAUUUCUCGUUCUCUGACAACACACUUGUCUCCAGCUCAGCAGAUCCCAAAAGCCACUUUGAGACACCAGUCUGGGUUGAGCGGGUGGUGAUAAUGGGGGCUGGAAAGCCGGCAACAGUGGUGCUUCAGACAAAAGGAUCUCCUGAAAGCUAUCUAUCCUUCCAGUAUGACCCUGAGACCUCUGUGUUGAUACUGCGCAAGCCUGGUGUCAAUGUGUCAUCUGACUGGAGUAUUCAUCUGCGAUAACCAAUGGGAUGUGUUCUGGGUUGAGGGGGGAAGGGUGUGGUGUGGUGAGAGCUGCCCUUUCUUCUGCCUUGGAGUUUGACCCUCCCCAGACUUCAAAAUUCUUAUCCCAAGACCCAGAUUCUGCUAACAUCUGGACAGGAUGAGAGGACUGUGCUUGGGCUCUGAAUUCCUCUUGUGACCUCCUCACCUCUCCUGCUCUGUUGAUUCCAAGUCUUUCCUUUCAUCCCCCCAGCAUCCUGUGGCUCUUCCUGGAGCACACUCACUUGCAAAGACCUGGAACCACAGGGUCCUUGCCUCCCUUUCCCUUUCCCUUCCUAAAGGGCCCUAAAUUUCCCCCAGACUUCUCCGUUCAUGCCUCUUGUCUGUUAAUGCCAUUUCUUGGAAGAAGAUGAGGACAGUGAACUUUAGGUUUAGGGUUCCUCCUCCUCUUCCCUUUCUCCCCCACCAAAAUGCCCUCUCUCCUUUUAUUUCUUCCUCCUGGUUCUACCCUGCCAGCUCUUCCCUUUCUCUGCCCCACUUCUACACUGGGACCACCCCUUAUCUAUAAGGGAUGAAUGAAUGGAUCAAAGGAGUGAAGUUGCUGGAAAACAUCCUUUUCCCUUUCAUCCCAACCUUUUCCUCUCCCCAAUUCCUUCUAGGGCUGCUGCAUUUCUGGCAGGGGCAGUUCAGCCUACCCUGUCCCUUGAGGGGAAAAUGUUUCCAUGCCUCCUUAAUUAAGACAGGAUGGGCAUUAAACUUCUUUUGCCCACUUCUGGUCCCUUUGGGGCAUUCAAAAUGGAGAAA